AAUACUGACACAUGAAGUGAAACACAUGGAGUGAAAAAUUGUCCAAAUUUAGUCCCGAAUAACUCCCCAAAGUUUGGCAACGAUUGGUUUAGUCUUUACUUGGCGCAAAGCGAUUCAAUUUCUUAUGGCAAUUUGUAUGUGAAAACAUUUCUUUUUCGGAUUUUGAUAUUAAUAAAAUUUAUACAUGAUUAACCUUUUAAAAGUUGCCUUCCUUAGAAGUCCAGAUUGAAAGGUUCAGCUUGUGGUACAAUGAAAGUGUAUAAUUUAAAUUUGCUCGAUUUCAACGAAGAUUUAGGACAACGUCAUGGAAAAAUAGGUAAUUUUCUAUACUGCCUUCUAUAUUAGAUCGAUUGCUGUGCUCAGUUACAUUGAUUGGAUAGAGUACACACAUCACAUCUAUUUUAAAUAAGCGAGUUUUAUAUGGAAGGAUCUACAUGUUAUUGCAAUUAUGAUGUACAUUGAUACUCAUCAAGUCAAUUUAGGCCGCGGUGAGUAGCUUCGCUUUUAGACUUAUCAAAAUGACUCAAUAGAAAGAACCCGUUAUAGAAGAAUCUACCCUACAGAAUCUGAGCACGUGCUGACUCGUACAAAACACGUGCUAAUAUUUUUGCAGUGAUUGGCAAUCAAUUUUGGCAUUGAUCAGCUAAUAUAAAAUAGAAAUAAAACCUACUCGUUACAGUCAUUCGUCGCGUAUAAUGGAACUAUUUCAACAGCAGCUCGGCACAAGUGUCUCAGACUCAGCACUGACAACGCUUAUUCAGAACAUCGUUUUGGCAUUCAUGGCGGAAUAUUUUUGCGUUUGCGUAAUAAAAUCGAAAAACCAAAGCCUGAAUCUAAACAUUCCUACGCCAGUCGCGAUUAUAACGGUUGAUAUCGACUUCAAGGAGAAUUUUCAGCGAGGAAUCGAUGCGGGAUGUCAAGCAUUCAUCGUUCAAAAUCAAUCGAUUUGGACGUUUUUGGAUGCAUUCAUUCCCAUUCACGAUAUUUCCGACCAACGAUUUACUGGGAAAAAGCUUAUUGCUGUACUGGAUAGCCUAGAUGCUGAAACCACCAAUCGUCUAUGCCAGCAUCCCGCUAUGAAUGCAACAUUGAGUUGUAUACUACACGCAUAUUUAGCAAUGGAUACAAAGAUUUGCCUGAAAUAGGAAUAGUUCCAGUUUCUGCUCCCAACUACUUUCCAGAUAAAUCCAGAAACUUAGAACAAAGAGCUGUUCGGUUCAGUCCUGUUCUAUAUCCUCCGUUUUCGUUUUACGGGAAUUCAACCAAGGAAAAAGCGAAUGCCUGGUAUACUUCCAGUGAUGCUUCUGAAGUCACACCAAUGGUCGUCGACGGUCAAGAGUCUCUGUUUCUUGUUGAAUUUUGUCACAAAUACAACUGUUCGAUUAAAGUUGUGUACGAUAACGACUCGUGGGGAGAAGUGUUUGAAGAUCAAACUGGCACUGGAUCGUUAGGAGCCGUUGCAAUGCAUAAAGCCGAUAUCGCAGUGGGCGCCAUCUACUAUUGGUUAGGCCCAUACAAAUUUAGCACAUUUACAGUUCCUCUCAGCAGAUCCGGUCUCACUGUAGUCGUGCCGAAGCCAAUCAUUCUUGCUCCAUGGAAAACACCCUUUUUGUCAUUUCCACUUCUACUCUGGAUAGCGGUAGCAGUUUCAUUCGUCGUGGGAGUAUUCUUUACUUGGUUUGUCGAAAAAGCACGCAUCAAAAUCUUGGGAAACUCUUCUCAAAAUCCUGUGUCAGUAAGCGAUGCUGCCCUCUUAUUGAUUGGUUUAUUCAUAGAACAAGGUGUAGACACGCGACGGCGGGAUCUGGCAUCGAGUACCGUGUUGUUUGUUUCGAUGUUAUUCGCUGGAUUUAUGAUUGGUAACAUGUACAAUGCUGGUCUAGCGGCGGUCAUGACCAUCCCGCAGUACGGGAUAUCGAUCGAUACAACAUACGAUCUUGCUACCAGUGGGCUACCCUGGGGUGGGACGGCAAUUGCCUGGAUAUUUGCGAUAUGGAAAGCUACUGAGGAGUACCUCAAAGUGAUAGUCAACAAUUACCAAGUAGUCGAGCAGGAAACCCUUGUGAAGAACGCCAAAUCAGGAAACUUUGGAUUCGUCGGAGAACGGACAGAGUUCGGCCACUUUGUACCGGUAGAUUAUCUGGACGAAGAAUCUUCCCAAAUGCUCAGAUUACUCAAGGACGAUCUAUCGUGGGAAACCUGUGUCGCACUCGUUUCAAAAACGUGCCCAUUCAAGCCUCGCUUGGACGAGCUGAUUAUGAACAUUCGCCAAUCGGGCGUUCAAUUUUAUUGGGAGUUAAUGGCUUCGAGCAAAUAUCUCAACAUGACUCACGAGAAAAACAUUUUAAAUGGAAGGCAAACAAACACUGAAGAAGAGGCAACGCGCCUGACGGUGCUGCAUUUUGUCGGAGCAUUUUUGAUUCUAGGGACAGGAUUUGUUGGUGGAAGCAUUGUGUUUGUACUUGAAACAAUUUACAUAAAAGUGAGAGCAUAAAAAUCAACAUUCUCAAAAU